ACCCCUGCAACUAAGCGGAAAGCUUCAAAGGGAGGGAGGGAGGGAGGGACAGGGAGAGCCAGAGAGGAGGGAGAAGAAAAUGGUCGCGGCGGCGGCGGAGGUGUCGACGGCGGCGACGGCUAGCAGUAGCCCCCCGGCGGAGGAGGGGGAGCGGCGGGACGAGAGCGAGAGCGACGGGGAGAUGGCGGGGCUGGCGGCCGUGCUGGACUUCGACAUGCUGUGCGCGUCCGUGGCGCUGUCGGCGGAGAGGAGGAAGGCCGGCGCGGCGCUGGCGGGCGCGGCCGGCGACUGCGGCGGUGGAGGCGGAGGGGUGCAGAGGAUGUGGGAGGGCGACGUCGUGCUGGAUUGCCUAGACGACCGGCGAAUCGCGCUCGAGACGUCCUGCUGCCCAUGCUACCGGUUUGGUAAGAACAUGCGGAGAGCCAAUCUCGGAUCUUGCUUCCUUCAGGGAAUGGUUUACUGCAUUCUGUUGGCUGCUGUCCUAAUCAGCCUAAUUGCCUUUUCUGUAACAAGGCAUCAUAUAUAUUUAUAUAUGGGAAUCGGCUCUGUCCUCUUGAUAGCCAUCUAUACUGGUUAUUUCCGGAGAAGAAUCAGGAAGCAAUUCAACAUUCGGGGUACUGAGAGCAGUCUGGACGAUUGUGUUCUCCAUCUCAUAUGUCCUUGCUGUACGCUGUGCCAGGAGGCUAGAACUUUGGAGAUGAAUAAUGUCCAGUGUGGUGUCUGGCAUGGCCGAGGUGAUACCAUUUGUUUAGGGAGCAACGGUGCAGGAAACAAGGCUUUCGCUGCCCUGAACAAGGCCUCUCUCGUGCCUGUAAAGUCCCCGGGGCUGUGUGGCAUGGAUAGAUCGUCAAGCGCAGCUGACGAGCAGCAGCCGCUUGUCCCACCGGACCAACUGGAGCAGGUUUAGGUAUUCUCUGUCGCCACGACCUCUGCACUUUCCUAGAAGGGCUUGGACAGCGCCGACGGAAAAAAAAAAUCGUCCUCUGCCGGAUUAUUAGGCGCCUGCAUCUGCAUCCAUUGGUCCCGAGAACUGGACUUUGCAGCUACCGUACAUGGGUGAUGGGCGCAGUCGACCUGCUGCUGGCUGCUGCUGUUGUAAAAUUCAGUGAUAGAUUUUCUCUUGCAGUCGAAUUGUUUAGGUCGAAGACUGUAUCUUCAUAAUGUCACGACACGUGCUCAGGCCUUUUGCCUGAAUCCAACUGUAAAUUUCAGAUCCAAUCUAGCAGUUCGAGUUACAUAGACAGGAAUGAGAUGGUAAUGUUCUUUUCA